GGGAGGCGGCCCGCGGAGUCCAGCGAAGUUUAGCGGAACAUGGCGGAAGUGCCCGGGGCACGCAGGGGCGCGGCGCCGCGGCGGCCGGAGCCCGAGGAGCUGUAGCCGCCUCCGUCGCCGCUGCUGCCGCCGCAGUCGCCGCUCCACCGCCGCGGGACGAGGUCGCCGCCAUGGCCCGCUGGAUCCCGACCAAGAGGCAGAAGUACGGGGUUGCAAUCUACAACUACAAUGCUUCUCAGGAUGUGGAGCUCUCCUUGCAGAUCGGUGACACAGUUCACAUCCUGGAGAUGUACGAGGGUUGGUACAGAGGAUACACCCUCCAAAAUAAAUCUAAAAAGGGCAUUUUCCCUGAAACGUAUAUCCAUUUGAAAGAGGCAACUGUGGAAGACCUGGGGCAGCACGAAACCGUGAUUCCUGGUGAGCUCCCCCUGGUGCAGGAGCUCACUUCCACUCUGCGAGAAUGGGCUGUCAUCUGGCGAAAGCUCUAUGUGAACAACAAGCUCACCCUCUUCCGCCAACUGCAGCAGAUGACGUACAGCCUGAUCGAGUGGCGGUCCCAGAUCCUGUCUGGGACGCUUCCCAAGGAUGAACUGGCCGAGCUCAAGAAGAAAGUCACAGCCAAAAUUGAUCAUGGGAACCGAAUGCUGGGGUUAGACCUGGUGGUGCGAGAUGACAAUGGGAACAUCCUAGACCCCGACGACACCAGCACCAUUGCCCUCUUCAAGGCCCAUGAGGUGGCCUCCAAAAGGAUUGAGGAAAAGAUCCAAGAAGAGAAGUCAAUCCUGCAGAACCUUGACUUGAGGGGCCAGUCCAUCUUCAGUACUAUCCACACUUACGGCCUCUAUGUGAACUUCAAGAACUUCGUCUGCAACAUCGGGGAAGAUGCAGAGUUGUUUAUGGCCCUCUAUGACCCAGACCAGUCCACUUUUAUCAGUGAGAACUAUCUGAUUCGUUGGGGCAGUAACGGGAUGCCCAAGGAAAUAGAGAAGCUCAAUAACCUCCAAGCAGUGUUUACUGACCUCAGCAGCAUGGACCUCAUCCGGCCCCGUGUCAGCCUCGUGUGCCAGAUUGUCCGCGUUGGCCACAUGGAGCUGAAGGAAGGCAAGAAGCACACCUGCGGACUCCGAAGACCUUUUGGAGUGGCAGUGAUGGAUAUUACUGAUAUCAUACAUGGGAAGGUGGAUGAUGAAGAAAAGCAGCAUUUUAUUCCCUUUCAGCAAAUUGCGAUGGAAACCUACAUCCGCCAGAGGCAGAUCAUCAUGUCGCCCUUGAUAACAUCACACGUGAUUGGGGAGAAUGAGCCACUCACUUCAGUCUUGAAUAAAGUGAUUGCAGCAAAGGAAGUGAAUCACAAAGGGCAAGGACUUUGGGUAUCCUUGAAGCUAUUGCCAGGUGACCUCAGACAGGUUCAGAAGAAUUUUUCACAUUUGGUUGAUAGAUCAACAGCAAUCGCCCGGAAGAUGGGCUUUCCUGAAAUCAUACUACCAGGAGAUGUUCGGAAUGACAUUUAUGUCACCCUGAUCCAUGGCGAGUUUGAUAAAGGGAAGAAGAAAACGCCAAAGAAUGUGGAGGUGACGAUGUCUGUGCACGAUGAGGAGGGCAGGCUCUUGGAGAAAGCAAUUCACCCUGGUGCUGGAUAUGAAGGCAUUUCAGAAUACAAGUCCGUAGUCUAUUACCAAGUCAAGCAGCCCUGUUGGUAUGAGACUGUCAAGGUAUCCAUUGCUAUAGAAGAGGUCACACGCUGUCAUAUAAGGUUUACUUUCCGACACAGGUCAUCUCAGGAAUCCAGAGAUAAAUCGGAACGAGCAUUUGGGGUGGCCUUCGUGAAGCUGAUGAACCCGGAUGGCACCACUCUUCAGGAUGGGAGGCACGAUCUGGUGGUUUAUAAGGGUGACAACAAGAAAAUGGAAGAUGCUAAAUUCUACCUGACCCUGCCUGGGACCAAGAUGGAGAUGGAAGAAAAAGAGCUUCAAGCAUCCAAAAACCUGGUUACCUUUACACCAAGCAAGGAUAGCACUAAAGACAGCUUUCAGAUAGCCACCCUCAUCUGCUCCACAAAGCUCACCCAGAACGUUGACCUGUUAGGCUUGUUAAAUUGGCGUUCCAACUCCCAGAACAUCAAACACAAUCUAAAGAAGUUGAUGGAGGUGGAUGGAGGAGAGAUUGUUAAGUUUUUGCAGGAUACACUAGAUGCACUUUUUAACAUAAUGAUGGAAAUGUCAGAUAAUGAAACCUAUGACUUCCUUGUGUUUGAUGCACUGGUAUUCAUUAUUUCACUGAUAGGAGACAUCAAGUUCCAGCAUUUCAAUCCUGUACUGGAAACCUAUAUUUAUAAGCACUUCAGUGCCACUUUGGCAUACGUGAAACUCUCCAAGGUACUGAAUUUCUAUGUGGCUAAUGCAGAUGACUCCAGCAAGACAGAAAUGCUUUUUGCUGCGUUGAAAGCCUUGAAGUACUUGUUUAGAUUCAUCAUCCAGUCUCGAGUGCUCUACUUGAGAUUUUAUGGCCAGAGUGAAGAUGGAGAUGAGUUUAACGAUUCAAUUCGCCAUUUAUUUCUUUCUUUCAAUACGCUGAUGGACAGGCCUCUGGAGGAAGCCGUCAAGAUCAAGGGGGCAGCUUUGAAGUACCUUCCUAGCAUAAUUAAUGACGUCAAACUUGUAUUUGAUCCUGUUGAACUCAGCGUGCUCUUCUGCAAAUUCAUCCAAAGCAUUCCUGACAACCAGCUGGUUCGGCAGAAACUGAACUGCAUGACCAAGAUAGUAGAGAGCACUCUUUUUCGACAGUCAGAGUGCAGAGAAGUGCUCCUGCCGCUGCUGACAGACCAGCUCAGCGGCCAGUUAGAUGACAACUCCAGCAAGCCUGACCUUGAGGCAAGCUCGCAGCUUCUGAGCAACAUCCUGGAAGUGCUGGACAGGAAGGAUGUGGGCGCCACUGCGACACACAUCCAGCUUAUAAUGGAACGGCUGCUGAGAAGGGUCAACCGGACAGUGAUUGGGAUGAGCCGGCAGUCUCCCCACAUCGGGAGUUUUGUGGCUUGCAUGAUUGCCAUCCUGCGGCAAAUGGAUGACAGCCACUAUGGCCACUACAUCAGCACUUUCAAAACCAGACAAGACAUCAUUGACUUCCUCAUGGAAACUUUUAUCAUGUUCAAGGACCUGAUUGGAAAGAAUGUCUACGCCAAAGAUUGGAUGGUGAUGAAUAUGACUCAAAGCAGGGUUUUUCUCCGUGCUAUAAAUCAGUUUGCUGAAGUUCUCACAAAAUGCUUCAUGGAUCAGGCAAGCUUUGAACUUCAGCUCUGGAACAAUUACUUUCAUUUGGCAGUAGCAUUUCUCACCCACGAGUCCCUUCAGCUUGAAACCUUCUCACAAGCCAAGCGCACCAAAAUUCUUAAAAAAUACGGGGACAUGAGAAAGGAAAUCGGCUUUAGAAUCCGGGACAUGUGGUAUAACCUGGGUCCCCACAAAAUUAAAUUCAUCCCAUCCAUGGUGGGUCCGAUUCUGGAGGUCACUCUGACCCCCGAAGUAGAGCUCCGGAAAGCCACAAUCCCUAUUUUCUUUGAUAUGAUGCAGUGCGAGUUCAAUUUCAGUGGAAAUGGCAAUUUCCAUAUGUUUGAGAAUGAGCUGAUCACAAAGCUGGACCAGGAAGUAGAAGGGGGCAGAGGAGACGAACAAUACAAGGUCCUUCUGGAAAAACUGCUUCUGGAACAUUGCCGAAAACACAAAUACCUCUCCGGCUCUGGGGAGGUCUUUGCCCUCCUGGUCAGCAGUCUCUUAGAGAACCUGCUGGACUACAGAACCAUCGUCAUGCAGGAUGAGAGCAAGGAGAACCGCAUGAGCUGCACCGUGAACGUGCUGAAUUUUUAUAAAGAAAAGAAGAGAGAGGACAUAUACAUACGAUAUCUAUACAAGCUUCGAGAUUUGCACCGAGACUGUGAGAACUACACAGAAGCUGCCUACACGCUUCUCUUGCACGCUGAGCUUCUGCAGUGGUCUGACAAGCCCUGUGUGCCUCAUUUGCUUCAGAGGGACAGUUACUAUGUUUAUACUCAGCAAGAGCUUAAAGAGAAGCUGUAUCAAGAAAUCAUAUCGUAUUUUGACAAAGGCAAAAUGUGGGAGAAGGCCAUCAAACUGAGCAAAGAGUUGGCUGAGACUUACGAAAGCAAAGUAUUUGACUACGAGGGCCUUGGCAACCUCCUGAAAAAAAGGGCCUCGUUUUAUGAGAACAUCAUUAAGGCAAUGAGGCCUCAGCCUGAAUACUUUGCUGUUGGAUACUAUGGACAGGGCUUUCCUUCUUUCCUACGGAAUAAAAUCUUCAUCUAUCGGGGAAAGGAAUAUGAGAGGCGAGAGGACUUCAGCCUGAGGUUGCUAACCCAGUUUCCCAAUGCGGAGAAGAUGACCAGUACCACGCCUCCUGGGGAAGACAUAAAGUCCUCUCCCAAGCAGUACAUGCAGUGCUUCACCGUAAAGCCAGUGAUGAGCUUGCCGCCCAGCUACAAGGAUAAACCAGUUCCAGAGCAGAUCUUAAACUACUACAGAGCCAAUGAAGUGCAGCAGUUCAGGUACUCCCGGCCAUUCCGGAAAGGAGAGAAGGAUCCAGACAAUGAAUUUGCUACGAUGUGGAUUGAACGGACCACAUAUACGACUGCAUAUACCUUUCCUGGGAUUCUCAAAUGGUUUGAAGUCAAACAGAUUUCAACAGAGGAGAUCAGUCCUCUGGAGAAUGCCAUCGAAACCAUGGAGCUGACCAAUGAGAGGAUCAGCAACUGUGUUCAGCAGCACGCCUGGGACCGGUCCCUCUCUGUGCAUCCCCUCUCCAUGUUGCUCAGUGGCAUCGUGGACCCGGCUGUCAUGGGGGGCUUCUCCAACUAUGAAAAGGCUUUUUUUACGGAAAAGUACUUGCAGGAACAUCCUGAAGACCAGGAGAAAGUUGAGCUGCUAAAGCAACUCAUAGCAUUACAGAUGCCCCUGCUCACAGAAGGGAUCCGCAUCCAUGGGGAGAAGCUGACAGAGCAGCUCAAGCCGCUGCACGAGCGGUUGUCUUCUUGCUUCCGAGAACUCAAGGAGAAAGUAGAAAGGCGCUAUGGGGUUAUAACACUGCCACCCAACUUGACGGAGAGGAAGCAAAGCCGCACAGGGUCUAUUGUGCUCCCCUACAUCAUGUCUUCCACUCUGCGGAGGUUGUCCAUCACCUCAGUCACUUCCUCUGUGGUUUCCACCUCUUCAAACUCAUCUGACAAUGCUCCUUCCAGACCGGGAUCUGAUGGCUCAAUCCUGGAGCCGCUUUUGGAGCGCAGGGCCUCGUCAGGUGCCAGAGCUGAAGAUCUGUCCCUCAAAGAGGAGAACAGCGAGAAUCGAAUCAGCAAGUGUAAGAGAAAAGACUGGAGUCUGAGCAAGUCCCAGGUCAUUGCAGAGAAAGCGCCAGAACCUGAUUUGAUGAGCCCAGCCAAAAAAGCACAAAGGCCAAAGAGUCUCCAGUUGGUGGAUAAUCGGCUAUCACCAUUUCACGGUUCUUCACCUCCUCAGUCAACGCCCUUGAGACCACCUCCACUCACUCCCAAAGCCACCAGGACCCUAACUCGCUCCCCCACUGCCUGUCCGAAGAGAAGCCAAAGCACCACCUCCUCCACCUCCAAAGGCUCGGAAGUCCGGCAUCCCUACUUCCGAGCCUGCAUCCCAGUAAGGGUUUUGCCCUCCCUGCAACACAGAGUGCCUUAGACAGCUGCUGCCCAAGAACUGGCCUCCAGCCAGUGUCCUCAUUCCACGGGGCUCCCUGCUGACUGCAUUUCCUGAUCCGGGAUGACGUUUACCAGCUCAAAACCAGUUAAGUUGUUCCAAAAGCUUCUCUUUGAUAGAUGUUUGAGGCCGUGUCACCUCCCUUCCAGUCCACAUGGAAUUCCUGAACAGCCACAUCCUCUGAAUUUUUCAAAGACGAGAUCGCGUUCACCAUUGUUAAAUGUCAGCCUGUACCGCAGAGACAUGGUGGUCUGCGCAAGCCUGGACGAGUUCUUCCACACUGAUGGUGGAGCAAUGCCUGUAAUCUACUGCUUGGAAGGAUUUUUUGCUUUGCCUAUGAAAAGCUGUGCUUGAGACUUAGGUAUUUUUCUCGUGCGAACACAUCCAUCCCAUCCCAUAUUGCAUCUUGGAAGAUAUGGACAUCAAAUACACUUUGGUAGCUGAAAUAAUCAUGUCUUUCUGAUGUCGACUGUGUCCCCUUUGAGGAAAAGAACAUACGUUUUUAAUGGAGAUGGGCUGCUUUCAGGUACGUGUGGCUGUCAUUAUUGAAAGAGCACGGACUCAUGUGAGCCCUGAGUUCUUGCGUCCUCCCAUCUUCAAUCUUCUUGUGGCACGGGACAGCUGCCGUCUCCCUCCCCCACCACACUCCUGACUAAUGGCCUUCUACACACUGCAGCCACUCCUUCCCCAUGGACUUCUUUGAAGCUCUUCCUUGUGCACAUGCAGUUUUUUUUUGUCCUGUUACCUCCUCUGAGCAAAAAUCACUGGCUACAAGGGACUUAGUGGUCGGAUUCAGCAGUUUCUUUUCCAGACCCCAUUUGGAUGACUCAGCAGCCCCAUCUGCUACCUGAUUUUACCCUGGAGAAUACAGUGCAAUAUCUCCCUU